UAACAUUUCUAAGUCUUUUGCUUUAAGUAUCAACAGAUGCUAAAUCCUUGACCAGUACCUGGUCACAUUUUGAUAGAUAAGUUGAGCUGGAUACAGUACAGUGUACUCGUACGAUGUACUAGCUAGCUAGCUAGUACAGUGGCUCAAAGUUGACCGGCAGCUACUCAAUACUGAGUACCAGUACACACCACCGAGAAAGUUUGAUCCCAUUCCGACUCGACUCCACUCAACUUUUCAUCGGGUCACCGUCGCCACAGCUAAAAUGCAAGGGCGCUUGGCAGUAUGGAUGGCCUUCCUCUUUGGUGUGACAAGGUCACCGUGGGAAUAUCUUAUCACUGUGGAUCUGAGCAACACUUGGAGGCGGCAUCUGGUGUGGUCAAAGAAGAAUGGAGAUGAGCUCAAAAAUGUUGUCACCCAACGUUUUGCCUCUUCAACAGUGUUUCUGUCCCUCCUGUUCAGCAGCGAGCUCAGCAUUCUUUACACUCCCUCAGAUCCUGGAAAUGAUAUCAGGGUAGCACUCCUUGCACGAGACUACAGAUCAGCCGAGUAUUGGACUGGUGUAGUCAUUUGCUUUGCGAUCUUUUUCUCGGUUACUGCCCUUGUUGCCAACUUCACUGCAACAUCUAUAUUCUCAUCUCUGAGCAAAGAAAAUGCCCCCAUUGUUCUGAGAAGCACAUUAGGGCUCUAUGCCGCACAAUUGCCCAGUCGCCUUGUUACAGGUGCCAUUUAUCUAUUUUUCCUUGUUGUUAUUUGCACUUGGGUGAUCCUAAUGCCCCAGGGACUUUCCUUAGGUCUGGGUGUAGUUGCCUCAAUCCUGCUUAUUCACAUAGUCAACACUUUCUCAUCAAUGGGUCGAGUUAUCAUGGAUUCCGGGGCAAUGAGCCAAAUCCCAAUUUUGGAUCCAGAAGAAGAGGAAAAGUUGGAUCCACAUGAACUAUCAGCAGUACUCAUCAAGCGAGUUGUUUUGGCAAGAAAGGCACAGGUACCCAUCAAUCAUCAGUACAAAGUUGACUAUCAAGACACACUGAGAGAUGUCCAAGAGGGCAACGUGACCUUCCCACUGACUGAAUCAGAAUUGCACGACAGGGCCAGCAGAUUCCAUUUCCAAAGAAGUACCAUGGGUAAGGCAGCAAAAAACUUUCAAUAUACCGUGUCAGAGUCAUUGCAGAGUGCAGGUAGCGCGGCUAGAAAUUCAGCUGCCUCAAUACCGGGUCCCGAUCUGGCUAGCAACGUUGCCAACAAAACAAAAACCGCAGUUGGAAACCGCCCUGGUGGCAAGAAUUUGACGAAUAUUUCUGAGGAGGUCGACGACAACGAGGAGGAAGAUGUUGACCAAAGCCAAGAGAUCGUUCGCGACCCUCCCAUUGUCCAGGAAGAGGGAAUGGUUGACGAGGAUAGCGGAGAGCUUGAAGAUAUUGAGAUACUACAAGGAUCUAGUGAACGGGAUGACGGCUUUUGA